UCCAAAGCUCUCUUUCGAAAACCCUGAUACCCUCAACAGAAAGCCCUCUUUCCACCAAACUUCCUAUUUUCGGUUGUCCCAAUCCAAGGAACCGUUAGAGACGAAACAUUAGGGCAUUGAUCAGUCCUGUGAGAGGGUCCUACGGCUGAAGUUUCACGGGCAUUGGAGCCCAAACAAAGGAGAACUUCGAGAUUCCCCUUUUGAAGUGUGUACAACUGUGGAGCUGUAGAUUUGUGUUUUUUGAUUGAUUUAAAGUUAAAUACAGGACAAGGGACAGCGGGAUAGCUAGAGAGCCUGAUGACUAUUGAUGGUCCAGCAGAGACGUGUGCUCGACGCAAAGAACUGCUUCCAUAAAUAAUUCGUGGGAAAAUGGAUGACAUUUGGGAGCUCUGCAAUGAUGACGGUUUUGUCUACAAGAGGAGGAAGAGGCAACGCCAAGAACCAUCCUCUGCCAAUGGGUCCAACCCAGAAGCAGAGGCCCAGCAGCGACGGGAACAAAAGAAGAAGAUUUUGAUGAGCUUGAGAGAGCAGUAUGGGAGAGAAAUCCAGCAGUGGGAAGGAUUGUUUGCCACCCUCCAGCAAUUGAAGGAGAAUAGUAGCCAAGCAGAGGCCUCGCUACCGCUACCAACAUCAUCUAAUGAACUGUCUGCUUUGCCACUGAUCCGGGAGGAGGAGGGCAUUUGUCGGCCACUAAGCAUGGAUGAGCUCCUGUUGCAGGUGGCAGAAGCUCAGGAAUCCAUUCUUCAGGAUCUGUUAAAUUUCUGUGACGUGGCUGAAGCGUCAUGCAAGGCACAAGAAGAACACUUGAAGCAGUCUUUCAUAGACCUUCCAAUUUGGGCCACACCCCGGUCUCUCAUGGCCUCUUUUUCAGAGUUUGAAGAUGGCGAGGAUGAUUGUAACAAUAGCUACAAUGCCUAAAUGUCUUACCUUAGUGCCAGUUUUUAUUAGCAGAAUAUGUAUGCAGGAAAUUCAAUGUCUACAAAAAUCAGUGUUUCGGUUAUUUGUUUGUUUUUGUAUACUUCUUGGAAACCCCAUUUUCAUUCUUCCAUGUCUUAGAAAGUGGUCGUCUUUUAUUUUCUUGACAUAUGUAAAAGAAACAUUGGACAUUACAGCUCUCAUGUGCUGUUGGCUUUUC